AAUCGACAAGGCCGUUCGUUCGAUGUUCUAUUUGUUGUUAAUUCACGUGUGCCGCGACUCGAAUACAAACAGAUAAGCUGGGAGGGCUUUUUCUUUUCGUUCGAAUGUUAUUCUGAGCACAUUUUGGCGUCUGAAAAGUUUUCGCAAUCCGUUUUUAUCGUCAGUGAAGGAGAUACGGGAUGUUGGUAGUUUGCGAGACAAUGUUUGAUAAGGAUAUCCAUCGCUGGAAUCGGCCCUGAUUACUGUUUAUUCAAUUUGGGGCUCAACAGCUUUUGCUUCAGUUUUAUUGCAUCGUCAAUGCAUUUUGGGCGAUGUUUCCGAGGUGUGAAGCGUAAGACGAAAGGAUAAAUUAAGAAGUUGCCUGGAACUUUUUCUGAGGUUCGAGAUGCGUGCCCCCUCCCUGUACGUCCUGAUCUCCCUGUCAGGGAUGGUGUUCGGGGCCGAGAUCGUGGCUAGUCACAUUACCCAGUCCCUGGUGCUCCUCAUCUCCGCCUACCACAUGCUCUACAACAUCCUCUCGCUCCUCCUCCUCGUCGUCAGUCAGAGGAUGUCGAAAGGAAAAACCCUGAAGAACACGUUCGGCUGGGCCCGGGUCAAAGUGCUGGGGCUGCUGGUGAACAUGCUGUUCUUGGUGGCGCUGUGCUUCGCGGCGAGCGUCGAGGCCGUGCAGACGAUGGUUCACGCAUCCCACGAGGACACGGAGCCUCGCUACCCCCUGCUCAUGGUGGUCCUUGGAAUGGUCAACCUGGCGCUGAAUAUCGUCUGCUUCGUCCUCAUUGGAGGAUAUACUCAUCACCAAGGAUGUUCGAUGAUUAUACAAGGUCAUGAUGUCCAGAUGAAUUGUGUCAUCACAGAAUCAUCAUCAGCCUCUACAUCAAAUGCAAAAACAAUUCAAUCGACAGACCGUCUCGCCAAGAAACAUAGAUGCUGUUUCGGUGAUCACCAAGUCCUCGACUUCUCCCGAGACAUCUCCUCUUGUCUAACGGUCAUCGCCUGUGGGGCUAUCGUUCUAUUGCUGGACGGACUUAUCCUGAAGUACGCCGAUGCUAUUCUCGCACUUGCUUCCGUGGUCGUACUACUCAGCACGACAUACCCUUUCAUUCGCGAAUCUGGUCUCAUCCUGUUGCAAAGCAUCCCCAGCCACAUUGAUGUUGAAGGCCUAACGAAACGACUACAAGUAGAAUUUCCCGACGUGCUGAACGUGCAUGACUUGCACGUCUGGCGGCUGACGACAUCGGAAGUCAUCGCCACGGUACACAUCAUCUUGAAUUCUCCAGACAUUUACAGGAGGAUUGAGAACACCCUCAAGGAUUUCUUCCUCAGAGAAAGCAUCAGCUCCGUUACUGUACAACCUGAAUUUACUAAUGGUUCUUGGAGUGAAAAAUCGAAGUUGGAAUGCUUCUUGCAGUGUUCUUCGAACAACAACUGUGAUGCGCUUACUUGUUGUGGUCCUCUUACUGAAAAAUCCAAAACCCGCCAUCGCUGUACAGAUAGUCAAAACAGCGAAGGUGGCAAAGGAACAAUGGGUCACAUAGAAAGAGACCUGAACUGCAUUCCCGGAAUGUAUGAUUUUGCCAAAAUACCUACUGCUACGGAAACAGUGGUGUGAAAUCAGGUGUAUAGCAAAAAUAAAUAUUUCGGUCACAAAAUAUGAGCUUUAGCAUAUCAGAGUAUGGAAAUAAUUGUGUGACCCAAAUCCAGUUUCGUAUCUUUCUGAAGAUUUUAAAGAAUUUUAUUUUGAUACAACGAUGACAGAUAAAAAUGCCCCAAAACGUAGUUCAUAUGUGUUUCCACAAGGAGGUAGAUCUACGCUAUACCCCUAACACUUCAUUCAGCAUUUUUC